AUGCUUUUUAAGCAAAAUCCCUUUUUUGCUUUAGUUAUUACUGCUAUUGCAAUUGCAAUAGCUGCGGCGGCUAUAUUACGCACUUUUACUUUCGAAGCUUCGCUUUUUCUUUUAGACUUUUUUAUUAAGCGCUUGCUUAUGCUAACGACCGUUAAAGCUUUAAAGUGCAUCAAGUGUAUUAAUAGUAAGAUUAUAUCGAAGUUUAAUAAAGACUAUUAUAAUUGCGAUACGAGCGUUAUUCGCUAUUUUCGGUGUGCUAAAAGUAGCUAUAGCAAUUGCACCGCUGCUUUUGCCGCUGCUAAUACCGCUUUCGAUAACUUCCUCGCUUUAAAUGCUGCCUUUUUAAGAAGUGCUGCUAGUGGUCCGAGCGGUUUAGCGAGUGGAAGUAAAAGUUUUAAAAGUAGUCCCGGUAGCUUUGCAAGUUUUGCUUUUGCUUUUAAGACUUUUAAUUUAAAUGUAGCUUUUGUUAGAUUGAAUGGUUUUAUAGCAGCGAACCGUAAUCCGGUGACUCGGAGCGCUUCGAGCAUAUUACUUUUUCCUCUUACGCUUGCCGCUUUUGUUGCUUUCGUCGCUUUCGCUGCUCUCGUCGCUUUCGUAGCUUCCGUCGCUUUCGUUGCAUUUAUUAUCGUCGUCCCUUUUGCGCUAAUCGUUGCGCUUGCCGCUUUCGCGGCGGCGCUCGCCGUUGCUAUAAUUUUUGCGAAGCGCCGGGCUAAAGUAAAGAGAUUGCUAAGAGCUUUAGUCGAUCUUUUAUUAUGA